AUGCAGCCAGCUCGUCACCAAGGCAGCAGCGGCAGGUGCAAAGGUCAGGCUGCCCUCUAUGCUGCCCCAAAAGACCCACUCCCGAAACCACACAAGGCAAACCCUACUCACCCACCGCCGCAGGCACUCUUCCUCCCCGAAGCCAGCGACUACAUCGGCUCCUCGCCCGCCGAGACGGUCUCGCUCUGCAAGUCAGCGCAGGACAGCGAAUUCGUGCGGGGCCUGCAAGACGAAGCGCGCCGGUCCAAGCUGCCCAUCAACGUGGGCAUCCACGAGCCCGCCGAGGGCGUCGAUGGCGCCAGCGGCGGCAAGAUCAAGAACACGCUGAUCUGGAUCGACGAGCGCGGCGACAUCGUGCAGCGGUACCAGAAGCUGCACCUCUUCGACGUCGAUAUCCAGGGCGGUCCGACCCUGAAGGAGAGCCAGAGCGUGGAACGGGGCAGCUCCAUCUCGGCACCAUUUCAGACACCGGUCGGCUGCGUUGGCAUGACCAUCUGCUUUGACCUCCGCUUUCCCGAGAUCUCCCUCUCCCUCCGCCGGCAGGGCGCACAAGUCCUCGUCUACCCCUCCGCCUUCACCGUCCCGACCGGACGGGCGCACUGGGAGCCUCUGCUGCGCGCCCGCGCCAUCGAAACCCAAUCCUACGUCAUCGCCGCGGCACAGUCGGGCUUCCACAACGAGAAGCGCUGUUCCUACGGCCACAGCGUCGUCGUCUCCCCUUGGGGCGAGGUCGUCGCCGACCUGGGCGGCUUCGACGCGCUCGACGGUUACAACGAGGUGGGGAGGCAGCCGCCCCCGGCGUUGGCGUUGGUGGAUUUGGAUCUGGCGUUUCUGGAGAAGGUGAGAAAGGAAGUGCCGUUGUUGAGGAGGACGGAUGUGUAUCCUGAGGUGUGA